GUGUUUGUCUAUCGAUGCCGUCAAAGACUAUGGCAUGAAUACAUUCUCUACGGAGAUGUAUGCUAGAAGCUGCUCGUGGAGUUAGAGAGGCCAAACUCCGUCUGUAUCCCCAAGCGUGUGAUGCAAAUAUGGUAGGCAGAUGCCCUGUCUAGAGUCUUGUCUAAGUAUAAAGUUCCCUCCCAUCCCGUGUUCUUGAUACAUGUAUCAGUGCCACAGAGUCAAGUUCUUCUUCAUACCGCAACUCCAUCACCAAUUUAAGUCUAAUCUCAAUUUCCCAUACAAUCAUCAACAUGGCACCACCAUUCCCACCAGCACCAGCACCUGAGUCUAUGCUCUUCCGCCAUCGCCAACUAGCUCCAACAGCCAACGUGCGAGUUUCUCCAAUCUGUCUUGGAGCCAUGAACUUCGGCGACGCAGAUAAGGCUCGUUUGGGAGAGUGCAAUAAGGAAACUUCUUUUGAAAUUCUCGAUACUUUCAAAGGCCUAGGUGGUAACUUCAUCGAUACUGCCAACGGAUAUCAAUCAGGACAAUCUGAGAAGUGGCUUGGAGAAUGGAUGAAGUCGAGGGACUGCAGAGAUGAAAUGGUUCUUGCCACCAAAUAUUCCUCCCCUUACCAGAAGCAUCAUCCUGGAAAAAUCCAAUCGAACUUUGGAGGCAACGGAACCAAAUCUCUCAGACAUUCCGUUGAAACAUCACUCAAGAGACUUCAAACCGAAUACAUAGACCUACUCUAUGUACAUUGGUGGGAUUAUGCAACCACCAUUCCAGAACUCAUGACUUCGCUCAAUGACCUCGUUUCUUCCGGCAAAGUCACUUAUCUGGGUGUGUCCGACACUCCUGCUUGGGUCGUGGCGAAAGCAAAUCAAUAUGCUAGAGACCAUGGUCUCCGUCAAUUUGUCGUAUACCAAGGGCUAUGGAAUGCAGCCAAACGUGAUUUCGAACGAGAUAUCGUUCCUAUGUGUAAAGACGAAGGUAUGGGCUUGAUUCCAUGGGGAACUCUUGGCCAAGGACGUUUCCAAACAGAAGCCACCUUCAAGGAGCGUGAGAAAAGUAAUCCUGGUCGUCAAGGCAAGCCUUCAAUUUUUGAAAAGCGAAUGUCGAAAGUAUUGGAUGACAUUGCAGUCUCCAAGAACACCAAUAUUACAAGCAUUGCCAUGGCAUACAUCAUGCAAAAGGCUCCAUAUGUCUUUCCGCUCGUUGGUGGUCGCAAGGUUGAACAUAUCAAGGGCAAUGUCGAAGCCCUCAAGCUUGUUUUGACUGAUGAUGACAUAGCCAAGAUUGAUAGAGCGAGUCGUUUUGAUCCAGGAUUUCCGCACACCUUUUUGAGCGGUUCACAGUUUGGCGAGGACCAAGAUACUGAGCACGAUAUUCCAGAUGGUGCUAAAGAUGUCUGGUUAACGCAAGUUUUGGGAACAUUCGAUUGGGUUGAGAGUUCCAAGCCUAUCAAGCCUUCAGAGCAGAGAUGAGCAAUCAUUUUUUGGUUUCAAUUCCAAUCUCUCAAUGCCCAGUGUCUGAAGUUUAGUUGGUUAUAUAGAAGUCCAGAGUCACGAGCUCAUAUUCCGCCCGGAGCUAGUAUAUUCCAGUAACCUUUUAAAAUUCAAAGUUUUCAAUGUAACACCUAGUUCUAUAUCUUACAGAAAUUCAUGAAUGAAUUGA